GAAGUGCGCUUGCGCAAAUGCUAGUGGUGCGUAGGUUACAAUUGAGUAACGCCGGGAAUGACUGGGUAGGUGGGUGGGGCGGGGAACAGUAACGGUUUCCUAUUGGCUGGCAGCCCGAACUCACAGACCAGCUAAUUGGACGCAGUCAGAACCCAGCAGUCUUUCUUUGUAUUCCUCUGCGGGAUUGGUGUGCCCAGGAGUUUGACUUUCCAAUUGGCUAACGCCGGUGUGGGAGGGGAAUGUGGGGAGUUUUGAAUUCGAAGCCGGUAGGCAGUGAUAAUCCGCAUUCAGUUGCCGAGGAGUGCCAGCGACCUUCAGUUUCUGGAGCUGGCCGUCAACAUGUCCUUUCCUAAGGCGCCCCUGAAAAGAUUCAAUGACCCUUCUGGUUGCGCACCAUCUCCUGGUGCUUAUGAUGUUAAAACUUCAGAAGUAUUGAAAGGACCAGUAUCGUUUCAGAAAUCACAAAGAUUUAAACAACAGAAAGAAUCUAAACAAAAUCUUAAUGUUGACAAAGAUACUACUUUGCCUGCUUCAGCUAGAAAAGUUAAGUCUUCGGAAUCAAAGAUUCGUGUUCUUCUACAGGAACGUGGUGCCCAGGACAGGCGGAUGCAGGAUCUGGAAACUGAGUUGGAAAAGAUGGAAGCAAGGCUGAAUGCUGCACUCAGGGAAAAAACGUCUCUCUCUGCAAAUAAUGCUACACUGGAGAAACAACUUAUUGAAUUGACCAGGACUAAUGAACUACUAAAAUCUAAGUUUUCUGAAAAUGGUAACCAGAAGAAUUUGAGAAUUCUAAGCUUGGAGUUGAUGAAACUUAGAAACAAAAGAGAAACAAAGAUGAGGGGUAUGAUGGCUAAGCAAGAAGGCAUGGAGAUGAAGCUGCAGGUCACCCAAAGAAGUCUCGAAGAGUCUCAGGGGAAAAUAGCCCAACUGGAGGGAAAACUUGUUUCAAUAGAGAAAGAAAAGAUUGAUGAAAAAUCUGAAACAGAAAAACUCUUGGAAUACAUCGAAGAAAUUAGUUGUGCUUCAGAUCAAGUGGAAAAAUACAAGCUAGAUGUUGCCCAGUUAGAAGAAAAUUUGAAAGAGAAGAAUGAUGAAAUGUUAAGCCUUAAGCAGUCUCUUGAGGAGAAUAUUGUUAUAUUAUCUAAACAAGUAGACGAUCUAAAUGCAAAAUGUCAGCUGCUUGAAAAAGAAAAAGAAGACCAUAUCAACAGGAAUAGAGAACACAAUGAAAAUCUAAAUGCUGAGAUGCAAAACUUAAAACAGAAGCUUAUUCUUGAACAACAGGAAUGUGAAAAGCUUCAACAAAAACAACUGCAAGUUGAUUCACUUCUGCAGCAAGAGAAAGAAUUAUCUGCUAGUCUUCAUCAAAAGCUCUGUUCUUUUCAAGAGGAAGUGGUUAAAGAGAAGAAUCUCUUUGAGGAAGAAUUAAAGCAAGCACUGGAUGAGCUUGAUAAAUUACAGCAAAAGGAGGAACAAGCUGAAAGGCUGGUCAAGCAAUUGGAAGAGGAAGCAAAAUCUAGAGCUGAAGAAUUAAAACUCCUAGAAGGAAAGCUGAAAGGGAAGGAGGCUGAACUGGAGAAAAGUAGUGCUGCUCAUACCCAGGCCACCCUGCUUUUGCAGGAAAAGUGUAACAGUACAGUGCAAAGCCUUGAAGAUGUUACUGCUCAAUUUGAAAGCUAUAAAGCAUUAACAGCCAGUGAGAUAGAAGAUCUUAAGCUGGAGAACUCAUCAUUACAGGAAACAGUGGCCAAGGCUGGAAAAAGUGCAGAGGAUGUUCAGCAUCAGAUACUGGCAACUGAGAGCUCAAAUCAAGAAUAUGCACGGAUGCUUCUAGAUCUGCAGACCAAGUCAGCAUUAAAAGAAACAGAAAUUAAAGAAAUCACAGUUUCUUUUCUUCAAAAAAUAACUGAUUUGCAGAACCAACUCAAGCAACAAGAGGAAGACUUUAGAAAACAGCUGGAAGAUGAAGAAGGAAGAAAAGCUGGAAAAGAAAAUACAACAGCAGAAUUAACUGAAGAAAUUAACAAGUGGCGUCUCCUCUAUGAAGAACUAUAUAAUAAAACAAAACCUUUUCAGCUACAACUAGAUGCUUUUGAGGCAGAAAAACAGGCAUUGUUGAAUGAACAUGGUGCAGCUCAGGAACAGCUAAAUAAAAUAAGAGAUUCAUAUGCUAAAUUACUGGGUCAUCAGAAUUUGAAACAAAAAAUCAAGCAUGUUGUGAAGUUGAAAGAUGAAAAUAGCCAACUCAAAUCGGAAGUAUCAAAACUCCGCUGUCAGCUUGCUAAAAAAAAACAAAGUGAGACAAAACUUCAAGAGGAAUUGAAUAAAGUCCUAGGUAUCAAACACUUUGAUCCUUCAAAGGCUUUUCAUCAUGAAAGUAAAGAAAAUUUUGCCCUGAAAACCCCAUUAAAAGAAGGCAGUACAAACUGUUACUGAGCUCCUAUGGAGUGACAAGAAUCAUGGAAGUAAACAUCUGAAAAACCUGUUGAAGAUUAUUUCAUUCGUAUUGUUGUUAUUGAUGUUGUUAUUAUGUUUGACAUGGUAUUUUAUAAUGUUGUAUUUAAUUUUAACUGCCAAUCCUUAAAUAUGUGAAAGGAACAUUUUUUACCAAAGUAUCUUUUGAGAUUUUAUUUUUUCUUGUAAAUGCCUCCUACCUAAUGCUCACCUUUAUCACCUCAUUCUGAACCCUCUCACUGGCUUUCCAGCUUACAAUGCAUCUCAUCAACUUAAUAUUCCUUUAAAAGUCAGUAUCAUAUUAUUAUUCUCCUGUUCUGAAACCUUACUUUCAAGAGUCUAAUCCCCAGAUUUUUCAGCUUGAUCCUGGAGGUCUUUUCUAGUCUGAGCUUCUUUAGCUAGGCUAAAACACCUUGGUUUAUUCUUGCCUCUACUUCAAUUCUGAUAAUGCUCACCUAUUAUCCUUCCACUUGUCCAGUUGAAAUAAGAAAUUUAAGAACGAGCCUAACUUCAUAGGAACCUCUCCAUUUUUAAUCAGUUGUUUAAUAAUUUACAGGUUCUUAGGCUCCAUCCUAUUUGUAUGAAAUUAUAAUCUGUGAUUUGGCCUUAAGCCUGCAUUUUUAACAAACUCUUCAGUUAAUUCUUAAAUACACUGAAAAUCUGAGAAACUCUGCAUGUAACUAUUUCUUUAGAGUUUGUCAUAUACUGCUUGUCAUCUACAUGUCUACUGAGCAUUUGAUUAAUAUUUGUGUAAUAUGAAAUAAAAUUACACAGUGAGUCAUUUAACCAA